AUGUCAGACAAUGCGGGGUCUCCACUACAACAACGACCAUCAUCGAAGCAUUCUCGACUUUCAGUCGAUUCUAACCACUCUGGCGACUCACACGAAUCAUCGCCUUUGUUAGCGCACUCUGAUGAUACUCCUCGUUACGAUGGCGAAGAGCCUGAUGAUGAAGAUAAUCGAAUUGUCUCACCAGCCGCAGCUUCUCUACGUUCUAUCCAUGAUCGAGACUCUGCCAAGUCUGCAAACGAAGGAGGAUUGCGAUGGCCAACAAUUGUGGCUGUCGCCACUUUAUUUUUGGUCGGGAUCGCCAUUCUGAUAUGUGCCUUCUUCGCACCUGCGAUUGUUCAAGAAUAUGCCAAGGAAGCACUUGUUAUUGAACCCACGAAUUUGGCUAUAGAUAGCUUCACCGUUGACGGAGUGACAGCCCGAAUACAGAUGAACUUCAAGAUGGAUGCAUCAAGGGUCAAGAACAAUGCUGUUCGAAAUAUUGGAAGAUUUGGUACAUGGGUUGCGAAAGAAGUCGAAAGUGAGGCAUCAAGCGUGGAGGUCUAUCUUCCAGAAUAUGAUAAUCUCUUAAUUGGAACCGCCGUUUUGCCCAAGGUGGUGGUCAAUAUUCGAAACGGUGUUAUUACACCAAUCGACUUCCUUACCGAUCUCAAGCCAGGGAGUGUUGAUGGGUUGAGACAGGUUGCCAAUGACUGGUUAGAGGGUCGUUUGGGACAGUUGCGUGUGUUGGGCAAGGCCGAUGUUACAUUGAAAUCAGGAUUACUUCCACUUGGAUCUCAAAGUAUAUCAGAGGCUAUGGUUUUCGAAGGUCAAUCUCUCUAUCGUUCCUUUGCGUCGCUGUGUAUGCAGACUUUUGGCCGCGAGCGCAGUCACCACUUCCUCGAUUCCUCUAAGCGUAAAUUUGUUACAUCGAAACGAGUUGCUAACCCUAUCCCACCAAUAGGAAACGAUAUCCCAGCCAUCCCCAAAUAUAAUAUAACCCGUCUCAACUUCAAGGAAGUCCCUCUCUCUACGGAUGGCCGCCGUGGAAUGGCUGCCGAAGUUUCACUAUCUUUGGUAAAUGGUUAUCCAAUAAGGCUAAGCAUUCCUCCGCUGGGCUUCGACAUCCUCGUUUCGAAUUGCGCAGCCAACGAACCAUAUAUUCAUCUUGCUGAUGCCGCUACUGGUAACAUCAUGAUUGAACCAUAUUCUGAUGUCUCACUCGAUGUGGCAGGUAUUAUACGGGAUUUGCCUAAAAGUCUUUUGCAAACUUGCCCUAACUCACACUCAUCGCCUUUGGACUCGCUUCUCAGUGAUUACAUUCAUGGUAACAAUACUACUAUUUUUGUACGAGGUUCAAACGUGCCAUCCCCAACGACUCCUGAUUGGAUAACUCAGAUUAUAUCAAGUGUCACCGUACCAGUACCUUUCCCUGGCCACACAUUUGAUCAACUAAUCAAAAACUUUUCUCUCACGAAUACAGAUUUCGCCUUACCUGGACCGUUUGCAGAGCCUGGAACACCCGAGUCAAACCCAAGAAUCUCUGGUGAUAUAAUGGUUUUGGCAGCUUUGCCCAAGGAAAUGAAUUUCAGCCUCGAAGUUUCCAAAGUCCGUGCAACUGCCGAUGUGUUCUAUAAAGGAGAUAAGCUAGGUGUGCUUAACUUACGAAAAUGGCAAGCAGCUCGUUCGAUACGAGUAAAUGAUGGAGGCGAUGCUUCCCUAAAGAUUGAAUCGCAUAUAAAAAAUGCACCUCUGGAAAUUACAGACGAGGACGUCUUUAGCGAUCUUGUGGCUGAUUAUUAUCUUGGAGGCAAGGCUAUCAGUCUCAAGAUCGAGGCUUUGGUUGAAGUUGAGGUAUCUACUGUGCUAGGUGAUUUCAUUAUUAAGGAUUUACCUGCGGAAGGAGUUGUUCCUUUGAAGCCGAUCUCUACGGGCGGUGAUUUCCACCAACUCAACCUCAAGGUUGGCGACUUAAAAGUAAUCAACACAGGCCCGACAUCGAUCAACCUCCAAGCGAAUAUCAACUUCACUAAUCCAACUGAAUACACGGCUCAGAUUCCUUACAUCAAUAUCCAUAUUUUGAAUAACGGCUCUGUUAUCGGUGCCGCCACGGUGCGCGAUAUGCAAGUCUCUCAAGGCAAUAACACGAAUAUUAUCGUGGAAGCUACCUGGGAUCCUGUGAACUUCGGUGGUGAAAAGGGACAUGAGAUUGGUCGGGAAUUGAUUUCGCAAUACGUUUCCGGUUUCAAUACGACUCUUACUUUGGAAACUCACGAAGGAUCUUUCCCAUGCCAGCCUAAACUCGGAAAGGCACUAAGCAAAUUCUCAGUCACGAUGCCUACACCUCGAUUAUCGACGCCUGGGACUGACAAGGAUAAAGGUUCUGAUGAUGCAAAGCCACAUUUCAUUGACGACGCAACUUUUCAUCUCUUCUCAUCGACGGCACAGUUUACCUUACUUUCACCUCUACAAUAUAGCACAGUCUAUAUUGAGUCUAUUGAUGCUCAAGCAAUUUACAACCAUACCGAACCAGUUGGCAGAAUUGUUUAUGACUAUCCUUUCGCAGUACCCCCUGGGGCAAGCGAAUCGCCUAGAUUGCCUGUUGAUUGGUCACUUGAUUCAGUCGGGUAUGACGCAGUCGAGAGAGCAUUAGGUGGCACUUUGAAACUCGAUGCGAAAGGCACUAUUGGUCUUCGCCUGGGUCAAUGGACGGAAUCUAUCCGUUAUUUUGGCUCAGGAAUUGGUGCCCAUAUUAGACUUUGA